AUGGGUGAUUUUAAUGCAGUCAUUGGUGAAGGAUUAAAUGGAAAAGAAGUUGGAAAUUAUGGAUUAGGGAAAAGGAAUGACAGAGGUGACCGACUACUGGAAUUUUGCAGACAACAUGAGUUGGUUAUCUCUAUCACUUUAUUCAAUAAUCAUAAAAGAAGAUGAUACACUUGGAAGAUGCCUGGAGAUCUUGGAAGAUACCAAAUAGAUUUUAUACUGGUUAGGAAUAGAUUCAAAAAUCAAGUCAAAUCAUGCAAAACAUAUCCAGGUGUGGAUAUUAACAGCGGCCAUAAUCUUGUAAUGAUGAAAUGUGACGUAAAAUUUAAGAAAAUAAAAAAACCAAAUAAGAAAUACCACAAAUGGAACUUAGAAAAACUAAAAAUACCAGAAAUAGCAGAAAAAUAUCAAAAUAAAUGUGAUGAACAAAUUAACUGCCAAAAGAACCUCAACUUUGAAAUUAAUGAAAUAUCUAUAGAAAAUCGUUGGAAAGAGAUAAAGGAAUCCAUUACCUUAGCAGCAGAAAACCUCUUAGAAAGAAAAAAACAAGACCCCAAACAAAAAUGGAUAACUCAAGAAAUAAUUAACGAUACACAAAAAAGAAGAGUGCUUAAAAAUAAAAAUGACCCAGAUAGUAUAAGAAAAUAUAAAUCACUGAGAAAUAAGAUAAAUAGAGAAGCGAGACGUGCAAAAGAACAAUGGAUUGAAUCACGAUGUCAAGAAGUAGAGACCAUGAUGAAGAAUAACAUGCAGGAUAAAGCUUACAAAGUAAUAAAAACACAUUUUGGAGUGAGAAAAUUAAAAUGUGCACACAUCAAAAACAAAGAUGGAAAUAUACUAAUCGAAGACGAAAAAAUAGCUGACCGAUGGAAAGAAUAUGUAGAAACCCUAUAUUACAAAGAUAAUAACCCCGAGCCAUUGAUCCAAAUAGAAAAAAAUGAGGAUUCACAGGGAAAAAUGACGAAUACAAGUAUUUUAAGAUCGGAAUUUGAAUAUACAUUAAAAAUUAUGAAAGCAAAUAAAGCACCAGGACCAGAUAAUAUAAACACAGAGUUACUGCAAUACGCCGGCACAAAAACAAAAGAAGAACUAUUUAAAUUAAUACAUGAUAUAUACAAUAUAGGGACUGUUCCAAAAGACUUUUACAAAAGUACACUAGUACUAUUACCAAAAAAAGCAGGGGCAGAUCAAUGCAAUAACUUCAGAACCUUAAGCCUAAUAUUACAUGCUUCUAAACUCCUAAUAAUAAUUAUAACUAAAAGAGUUGGAAAUAGAAUUGAAGAACAGCUAGAUUGGAGCACAGCAUUAUAUGGUUGUGAAACAUAG